AUGGCGCCUAGUUCAUUGAGCAUGCGGGACAUCAAUGUCCUCGAGAAGAUGAAGGAUCCGGAGGCGAACCCAGCGCUCGGUGUUAUCGCAGACUCGUCGCUCCCGAAGGAUCCGCACAUCACGGAUCAAAGUCUGUACGAACGUGUAUCGCAGAAGGAGCGCGAGGUCAUUCUUUCUAUGAAGGAGUUGGAGACAGAACUCGCAAAGAUCCAGACUCCCCAGACUUCUGACUACAUCGAACCGUACAAGGCGUGCAUCUCCAGGCUCGGCGAACUCAUUGCAGAACACCCAAACUAUGCCAGCGCGCGCAACAACCGGGCGCAAGCCAUCAGGCGAUUGUACGGAGACAACAUGCUAGUGAGCAACGCACCAGCGCUGCCGCAGGCACUUGUCGUGGAGGCGAGCUCGAAAGAGAGAACUGAUGCCGCGGAGACAGCGCUCGGAGACUUGGACAAGGCAAUCCAGUUGCUCUCGCCGAGAAGUCCGUUCGCUCCAAUGUCUCCAACAGCCAAGAACACACUAUCCCUCGCAUAUACCCAGAGGGCAGCCAUCUAUCAUUCGACCUCCAAGUACAUCGCCUCGUCGUCGUCCCAAGUCGAGGCGCAAAGACGGGAGGCCAAAUGGACGUCGCUCCAAUUCGAAGAAGCUGCGUCUCGGGAUUUUGCAUCGGGCGGAAGGUUUGGAAAUGAGAUUGCCAAGAGUCUUGCCGUCAGCACGAACCCGACGGCGAAACUGUGCGGACAGAUGGUCCAGGAGAUGAUGAGGAAGGAGUAUGGCUCAGUCCAGUCAUAA